AUUGAACCCCCCCUGCCACAUGAGGAUGUGCCCGAGCCUAGAAAUACCGAGCCACUAUUCCCAUUUUUUGCCGAGCCUGAGCUAAAUACAAGUCGCCCACUUGACCCGGCCACUCCUGCAUUACUGCUGCAUAUAAUUACGUUCCCGCUGCUUGUUUGUGUGCCUUCGCCCGAUUUGACGACAAGAGAACCACCUGAUGCAAUUGCGCUUCGACCAGACGAUAAGCCGACCUCACCGCCAGAGCCACUUGUGCCACGGCCCACGCUUAUAAGUAUUGCGCCACUGCGUCCAGAUGUACUUGCGCCACUUCCAAUAACGAUAGUUCCUGAAUUCCCCAUAGCGCUCGUUCCGGAACUAAACGCGAGUUGCCCGCUGCUGCCGGUUACACCGCCAUUUGCCGAUGCAACACGAACUGACCCGCUGCUUGUUUGCGUGCCCUCGCCGCUACUGAUUGCAAUACUUCCACCACUAGAUGCCGUCGAGCGCCCAGAGUGCACCUGGACGAUACCGCCCGAUCCGCUCGUCCCGCUACCGAUACUCAAGCAUACUGCACCGCCUCGACCAGCUGUUGCGCUCCCCGAACCAACUAAGACGUAUCCACUGUUCCCUGCGUUUGCAGAUCCCGAGCUAAAGACCAAUAGUCCGCUAGAGCCAGAACCACCGGCGUCGGCGCUUGCUAUGCACACCUCUCCACUACUAGAGGCGGUACCUUCCCCGCUUGACAUGCAAAGUGCCCCGCCCGUGGCGUCAGUGGUUCGUCCCGAAAAUAGGCACACUUGUCCACCAGCACCACUUGUCCCACUACCAGAGCUCACCAGGAUAGAGCCACUACGUCCGCCAGUAACAGAGCCUGAUCCGAGCAAAAUGGCCCCCGAAUUCCCUGAUUUUGCCGAGCCAGAACUGAAAACAAGCCGACCACUGGAGCCCGCGGAUCCGGAGUUGGUACUUAAGAGGAGAAUCGCGCCGCUGCUUGUAGUGAUGCCUUCCCCAGAUGCCAUGAUUACAGCUCCACCACUUUGAACCGCGCUGCGUCCGGCCCAGGUGCCAAUAGAACCGCCGGUCCCACUCGUGCCUUUCCCAGCGCUGAGCCUUACAGCACCUCCGCGUCCACCACAGCUCGCCCCGGACCCAAGACUGAUCAUUCCAGAGUUCCCAUCUUUGCUUGUACCAGAGCUAAAAGCGAGUCUGCCGCUACCCCCUCCUACACCACCAUUUGCCGAUGCCACUUGCACAGAUCCACUGCUAGUUUGUGUGCCCUCCCCGCCUUUGACUGUCACGCUCCCGCCGCUAGACGUAGAUGACCUCCCUGACUGAAGUCGCAUCUGGCCGCCAGGACCACUUGUGCCGCUACCGACGCUUAGAGUGAUGGCACCUCCACUUCCACCAGUUGAGGGUGCGGUACCGAGAUAUAUGGAUCCACUAUUCCCAUUUGCAGCUGAUCCAGUGCUAAAUACAAGCGCGCCACUUGUUCCAGCAAGGCCACUGUUGGCGGUGUGAAUCAAUGCGGCACCACUGCUUGUAGCAGUCCCUUCACCGCUUUGCACAACUAGCUUGCCGCCUGUAACUACAGAACCGCGUCCCGCCUGUAGAGUAAGUGCGCCACCAGUGCCGCUGGUUCCGCUCCCGACAGCCACAAUGAUAGCUCCACCCGCCCCGUCAGUGGCCGCCCCAGUCCCUAGGAGCAGCGCGCCACUGUUUCCCACUUUGCUAGUCCCCGAACUAAAUGCAAGGCGCCCGCUAGUGCCCGCGGCUCCACCAUUAGCAGUCCGAAUAAAUACUUUGCCACUGCUUGUUUGUGUACCCUCACCAGACUCAAUAGCCACAAAACCACCAGAAGCAGCGCUGCUCCUGCCC